AUGCAGGACGAUAUUGCUGAAUUACGACGUCAACUGGAGGAAGAGAGACGGGCAAGGGAAGAGGCGGAACAGCGCCAGGAAGAGGCAGAAAAUCGACUGCAACCCAACUCUCUAUUUCGCCUUCUCGAUCGCUGCCACGAAUCUCUGUCACAGACGAUCCGAGUCGAGACGAACGCGACCCUGACGACCCAAGGCAACGUGACUGACCCCAUCAAUCGACUUUUUCCCAAGCGGAUUGUUCCAUGGCUUGAUUUCCCUCAGAUCCAGGAGCAAAUCUGGAAGAAACUCGAGCGUGCAGUCGGCUUUACCUCACGUCCGCUCUUUCCUUCUGAUACCCAGCUAAACUAUGUCGCAACAAAUGUCCAAGACCGACCGAUUUACUCAGAAGCGACUUUACGAAAUUUCGAGCGAGACACUGUGGAUAACUUUGUUGAAAAGAUUGUCGAGGCAAUACGAGGCGAUGAAACUUUGCAACGGGAGUUUGGUAUUGAGGGCCGAGUGGCCUUUUAUGACCGCACAAACUCAACCUCACUGGAUGACAGUUUGGAGAUGCAUCUUGACGACGCACCCCGUCAACCAACAAACACCAGCCGCGGGAGAGGUAGAAGAAAAGGGAAGGGGAAACAAAUGGGUCAAAGUCAGACAAGGGCUCGCUCACGAAGGCGGCGCAAUCGCCGUGCUGAUCAGUUCUGUGUUCACGUCGUGGCUGAUGAGCGCCAGAUACCAGUAUAUGCAGUGGAGUUUAAAGCCCCUCACAAGCUUACAGUCGCGGAAUUAGUCGCGGGCUUGCACGAGAUGGACCUGGCCCGCGAUGUUAUUGAUCAGGAAGGAGACACAUUUGAGUUUCAUACCACCCGCCUUGUUGCAGCUGUUGUCACUCAAAUAUUCUCAUACAUGCAUGACUUGGGGAUACAGAACGGGUGUAUUCGGACAGGGGAGGCAUUUGUCUUUCUACAUAUUCCAGAGGAUCCCACAAUAGUUCAAUACUACUUGUGUUUCCCAAAUCAAGACGUGCAGGCAGGCGAUGAGAGCCGUCUCCACCGGACUGCUGUGGGCCAGAUGCUUGCGUUCACCCUCCAAGCGCUGGCCGCUGAAGCUCCGUCCCAAGAGUGGCACAAUGCCGCAUAUGAACAGCUUUCGACCUGGAAAGUCGAAUACCUGGACGUCUUGCGCGAUAUUCCCGAAACAAUUCGCAAGGAGCCGCCGCCCUCGAAUUAUCGGCCUUCAUACUGGAAACCGAAUCCAAAGACACACAAUACACGUUCCCACGCUCGCUGUAAUCCAGGCGUAUCUACCCCGGUAGGCUCGCCAAGUGAAAGCAGCGAUAGUGACGAGGAUAUGCCUUCGCCGUCUACUGCACCAGCCGCGCGCAGUCGAUCAAGUCGCGGGAAAGGUAAAAAUCUAUCAAGUGGCGGACGCGAACGGGCACCACCCGACCGAAGAACAAAGCCAACUCCUUCUCAAAGGGUGCAGAGACCGUACUGCACCAUGGCUUGUAUCCGCGGUAUGGUCAACGGGGGUCCUCUGGAUAAAAAGUGCCCUAACUGGCAACAUCACGGUGGUCAGAGGCAUCCAAUGGGCCCGCAGGAGUUCACGCGCAAGCUGCACCGUCAACUUGUCCAGAAUCGAAAUAAGGGUUUUGAGCCGCUACACAUCCGUGGUCGGACGGGGUAUCUCAUGAAAGCGACUCUAUUGUCACAUGGGUAUACGGUGGUCAUCAAGGCUACAACAAAGGAGAAUCAGCAUGCCCUUAAAACAGAAGUUGACAAUUAUCGCAAGCUCCGAAGUUUGCAAGGAUAUCAGAUCCCAGUCUGUUUAGGCAACUUUGAGCCAAGCAUCGCAUACUGGUACCAUGGUCGGGUAAUGGCACAUAUGAUGAUCCUGAGCUGGUCUGGAACUCGGCUUCAGCGGAUAAUCAAAGACGAAAAUCUCGAUUUCUUCCACAAAGAACGAGAGAAAGCUCUGAAGUCCCUCCAGAAGUAUGGUGUUGAACACAAAGACAAAGAGUGGCGUAAUAUGCUGUGGGAUGAACAGACCCGCAAUUUGGUUGUCGUUGACUUGGAGGACAUGGAAUGGCUUAAGCGGCCUCGGCCUUUCCAACCAACACCUGGCAAUUCAUUGGGUCGUCGUAUCGUCCUGAGAAGGAAAAAUGAACGAAGGCGCCUAUCUAGUCGAGCUGCUGUCUGUACAUCAUGA